AUGGCCGACCCUGGCGCUUCCCAACAAACACGCCGGAUGCAUCGAGACGAUGAUGCGAAUCGGUCGUUUGGCAGCACCAACCUUGACGGUGCUGCAACGAAGGACCGUAGCAAACGAACGGAGAACUGGGCUGCCAAAGAUGAUGUUUGGGGAUGCCCCUCCGCAACUUUGACACUUAGCUUGCCCAGUCAGCUUCCGUCGUCGUCGUCUGUCUCAGACACGGCCGCGAUCCCUUGCGUCGUUGCCACUCGGUCUCCUCCCACUACCGCUGCGAUGCCAUUCACUUCUUUUGUCGACCUUUUGUUUUGCCCUUAUCGCAUCAGCCGGAUUCUCUAA